AGCAUUUGGGGAGUCUCUUUUACAUCUAACACGAUCUGCGGAGUAUUUCCUAUUCCUCGGUGGUCCGACCAUUACGUAGUGUGCCGUGAUCGUGAUAGCGCUCGUAGAAAUCAUCGCCGCGAGACUUUUCUACACUCGAGCAGUAUACGGGCCUGACGUAUACUCGCUCUGGAGAACCUGUUCCAAGACACUUGUGAAACGUUCGGAGCGGUUCCCACAAAUCAGGACUGAGAGACGAAAGUCGACCUGCACGAUCACGAAAAUGCCGGAGACCGCACACCACAUGAAUGGAUACGCGAACGGCCACUCGCCGCCGGAGAUCCAGCAGAAUACCAAUUUCCUCUUCACCUCGGAGUCGGUCGGCGAGGGACAUCCUGAUAAAAUGUGUGAUCAAAUCAGCGACGCUAUAUUAGACGCACAUUUGAAACAAGAUCCGGAUGCUAAAGUUGCCUGUGAAACGGUGACAAAAACAGGAAUGAUCCUUCUCUGUGGAGAGAUCACAUCGAAAGCAGUUGUGGACUACCAAAAAAUUGUACGGGACACCGUAAACCACAUAGGUUACGACGAUUCUUCGAAAGGAUUCGAUUGGCGAACGUUGAACCUUUUGGUGGCGAUUGAGCAACAAAGUCCGCAUAUCGCUAAUGGGGUCCAUGUCGGCCGGGAAGAAACGGAUCUGGGUGCUGGUUUUGACUACAAGCUGUGCAGCAUUUUAUUGGCACUCGAUGCCCAGUCGCCAAAUAUUGCAGCAGGUGUUCACGAGAAUCGGGAUGACGAAGAUGUUGGUGCUGGCGAUCAGGGUUUGAUGUUUGGUUAUGCAACUGAUGAAACUGACGAAUGUAUGCCAUUGACGGUCGUACUGGCGCACAAACUAAACCAGAAAAUUGCGGAUUUAAGGCGAAGUGGAGAAUUGUGGUGGGCACGCCCCGAUUCAAAAACACAGGUGACUUGCGAAUAUGUUAUGGAUAGUGGAGCCUGUGUGCCUCGUCGAGUUCACACAGUCGUCGUCUCUGUCCAACAUAGCGAGAAAGUCACACUCGAGGAGUUACGUAAAAGCGUAUUGGAAAAAGUCAUCAGAGAAGUCAUUCCCGCGAAGUACCUCGAUGACAAAACAAUCUUUCACGUAAAUCCCUGUGGCAAUUUUAUCAUUGGUGGACCUCAGGCACCUGUCUCUCCAAGUGCAACAGGUGCUUUCACACCGAAAUCGCAUAUUUUGCCUUUUGCGGAAAAGCGCUGA